AUGUAUUACAAUGGAAUCUACCAUCUUUUCUAUCAAUACAACCCAAAAGGGGCUAUUUGGGGCAACAUUGUUUGGGCCCAUUCAGUCUCGAAAGACCUAAUCAACUGGCAAAGACUACCAAAUGCCAUAUACCCAUCAAAGCCCUUCGACAAAUUCGGUUGCUGGUCGGGCUCGGCCACGAUCCUCCCCGGUAACAAGCCCGUCAUUCUCUACACCGGAAUUGUCGACCCAACAAACACACAAGUCCAAAACUACGCAGUCCCAGCCAACUUAUCCGACCCAUACCUCCGAGAAUGGGCCAAGCCCAAUAACAACCCAUUAAUCAGCCCAGAUAAGAAUAAUCGAGGGAUUGCUUAUUUGUACAGAAGUAAGGAUUUUAAGCAUUGGGUGAAGGCCAAACAUCACCUACAUUCAACGCCGGGGACCGGGAAUUGGGAGUGUCCCGAUUUUUACCCGGUUUCGAUCAACGGUGAAAACGGGCUUGACACAUCGGUUAACGGGCCGCGAGUUAAGCAUGUGAUGAAAGUGAGUCUUGAUGUGACGAGAUAUGAGUAUUACACGUUGGGUAGUUACUCGACGAAGAACGAUAGGUAUGUUCCGGAUAAGGGCAUGAUUGAUGGGUGGAAGGGGUUGAGGUACGAUUAUGGCAAUUUUUAUGCCUCGAAAUCGUUUUACGACCCGAGCAAGAAAAGGAGGAUCUUGUGGGGUUGGGCUAACGAGUCCGAUUCGACUGCGGACGAUGUUAAAAAGGGUUGGGCUGGAAUUCAGCUUAUCCCACGUACAAUUGUGCUCGACCCCAACGGCAAACAAUUGCUGCAAUGGCCUAUUGAAGAAGUAGAAACUUUAAGAAGGAACAAAGUCGAGCUGACAAACCAGAGGCUCGGUAAGGGAAAGAAAAUCGAAAUCAAAGGAAUAACACCUGCACAGGCUGAUGUGGAAGUGACUUUCUCCUUCGACAGCUUGGACAAAGCUGAGCCGUUUGAUCCAAGCUGGGACAGGUAUGAUGCACAGAAGAUUUGCAGUCAAAGGGGUUCGACUGUCCAAGGUGGAUUAGGGCCAUUUGGGCUCUUAACAUUGGCUUCAAAGAAUCUGGAAGAGUACACUCCAGUUUUCUUCAGAGUUUUCAGGGAUCAGAACAAGUAUCUUGUUCUCAUGUGUUCCGAUGCAUCAAGGUCCACCUUAAGGGACGAAACUGGGAUAUACAAACCCUCGUUCGCAGGAUUCGUUGAUGCAGAGUUGAGCAGCAAGAAGCUUUCUUUAAGGAGUUUGAUCGAUAAUUCUGUUGUGGAGAGUUUUGGAGCUCGAGGGAAGACAUGUAUUUCAUCAAGGGUUUAUCCGACUCUAGCAAUAUACAACAAUGCACAUUUAUACGCAUUCAACAACGGCACUGAGACUGUGAAAAUCGACACUCUGCAAGCCUGGAGUAUGCAUAGACCUCAGAAUAUGAACCAAUAAAUAUACAUGCAUUUGCAGAUUUGAGCGAGAGAUAAAAUGAUGCACUAAUUUGCUUUUACAUUCUUCCUUUUUUAUUAGCAUGUAUUUCUGUAUUCUCUUGAAGUAACAAAUUCAAGUUUCAAACUUCUCCUGAUUCAAGUUUGUAUGUAAUAAUGCAUCUCUGUACACACACAAGAAGGAAAAGAAUUAAUUAAAAGAAUUACAACUAGAGACUGGGAAUUAAUUUUUUUUUACUUACCAGACACCAUUUUGAAAAAAUCACCAGUUAUCCCCACAAGAACAAGCCCCUUCCUUGAAAUGGUGAAACCGGUUCACAUCACGGACAAUCACAGCCCUCCCCGUGACCAAAGACACGAAUUUGAUAAACGUGUGGCAAUCCCCGCAAACCCUAAGAUUCUUCGUCAUCCUAAUCACACUCCCGUCCAGAGUUCGAAUCAAACCAAACGCAAUAGCCAACUUCUCACUGUGAUUACGCAAAAGAUCCAACUUCAACUCUUCAUCCACGUCAUGCAGCACGAAAUUCGAGUCCGGCACAUAUCCCUCCACCUCGAUUUUCCCGCUCAAAUUCUUUAAUUCCUCGUAAAUCUCUUUACACAUAGGGUGCGCGCAAUCCCCAACGCUAAAUCUAUGAAUCUCGUUAUCCACUUCAAUCCACGUCCACCUGGGCACUUUCUUGAUCUUUUUACAGGUCAUUAUUUCCCUAAUUUCAUCAAACAGUUGAGCCUUAUCGGGAGUUCAAGACUCGGUCCACACCCCGAUCAUCACGGUCCAGCUACCGAUGUCCCUCACAGGCAUUUCAUCAAACAGUUGAGCUGGAUCCAUAAUAGCCUUACCUUUCAUAUACAUGUCUAUGAGAACUAGAAUUAAACCCGUAUUUGCAAACAACACAGUGCAACACCCGACCCACUACCAAAUCCUCCAUUUUUCUACAGACCUUGAUCGCCACAGGAAGAGUGUAGCAAUCGGGUCGGUCCCCGGAUCUUAUAUAAUCCCUGAAAGUGGCGUAACAGUUUAUAUAGUCAUAAGAUUUCGCAUACCCAUUAAUCGUAGCACACCAUGAAAACGAAUUUUUCCGUUCAAUUUCAUUAAAAACUGCGGAGGCGCUUUCCAGAGCUUUGUUCAAUGCGUACGAGCGAAGGAAUUUGGUGGCCAAGACAAGAUAACGAAUUUCUCCAUUGACGAUCGCUUGGCAGUGCAGCUGACGCAAAUGGGAGAGACUUUUGCACCGAGCGAGUGAGGAGAGAGCUGAGGAGAGAGCGAGCUUCGGGUCCCCGUUUUUGGGCAAUUGUGAAAAUGCGGGUUCUUUGGCAAUGGUGGGAGCUUGAUUGACAAUGUCUGUGGAAUUUGUUCGUGGGCUGUGGAUUGGAGCAUUGAUAGAAAUCGUGAGCCGCCAUGAUUAUUUGAGAAUGCAAGAUUUUGUUGUUUGAGUUUAAGCAACAAAAUAGAUCUGUGAGAUUUUACAUGUACAACUACAAAAUAAAUCCAAUAAUAUUUCUCCUCUGUGAGAUUUUUUCUCCUCUGUGAGAUCCCUUUCUCCCUCGUGAGAUUUUCGUUCCAUUCUUUGGAUUAGUUUCGACCUCAGAUCUGACUUUUCUUCAUCUUCAUAUGUGUAUCUCUUCUUGUUUCUUUUUGUGUCGUUUCUCCGCCCAUUCAUCUCUUUAUACUAAUAGAUCUGGUUAACAGCUAUGUUCAAUUCUUACCUGUAUUUUGCAUUUGUGAGUGCGCGCGGUACCUUAAUUUGUUGAAUUCUCCUCUUUUUCCUAGGAUCUAGUAAGCAGUAAAUUGAUUGGUUUUGGGGGUGUCGGGCUAAGGCCUUUUUAGGGGUUUUUAGGGUUUAGUUUGGGGCUUCGAUGGAUCAAGCCCUAGCUGCACAUUUCCAGAAGUUCGCUCUAUCUGAUAAAGAGGAACAAGGUAUAGAACUCUCAGAGAUAGAAAUAGCUCCGGGACUUCAGGAAUGUGGCAACAGUUUAAUUGGGAAAUGUUUUGGCGAAAAGAAGAUCAACCUCAGUGGUUUAAAAGUGACUUUGAGUAGCAUCCGGCAGACACAUCGCCCUUUCUCAGUUCGAAGUGUUGGCCCAAACCUCUUUCAAUUCCUCUUUCAGUCAGAGGAAGACAAGGAGAGCAUAAAAAACGGUAAAAACUGGACAUUUGACGGCCAAUACCUGCUCUUGAAGGAAUGGAACCCAGAAGCUCUUGAAUUCUCUGAAGCGGAGGAGAAGAUAAAGAU